CCUGGCUAUGGAGAAGGCUAAGGGCAAGGCGCACCUGAGCCCGGAGCAAUCCUUCCUGGCUACUCUGAGUAACCCGCAGGUGACAUUGCUGUCCAUGCACAAGAGGUGCUCUUUCAGGAGGAGCUCUGGGGCCGGGGGCUUGGCCAGACUGGCGUCUUCAGAGGAGAAAGACUCUUCCCAGCCAGAGGAAGAAGGCGUCAUUUUAACUAGAACCCUGGAAAGGAGUUCCCAGAUUUUAUCUAAACUUACCAUGCCUGCACGUCCCAGGGAGCAAGCAACGAAGCAGAGCUUCGCCUUUGACAAUAUUGGCUAUGAAGGGGGUCUGGACAGCCUCUCCUCAUCCCAAACCACUACCAGCGUGGUUAGCAUCCUGGGCAUGACUUGCCAUUCUUGUGUCAAGUCCAUCGAGGACAGGAUCUCUAGUCUGAAAGGCAUUGUGAGCAUCAAGGUUUCCCUGGAACAAGGCAGCGCCACUGUCAAACAUGUGCCAUCAGUCAUGAGCCUGCAGCAGAUUUGCCUUCAGAUCGAGGAUAUGGGCUUUGAGGCCAGUGCUACAGAAGGAAAGGCUGCCUCUUGGCCAUCCAGGUCCUCUGCAGCCGAGGAGGCCGUGGUUAAGCUCCGGGUCGAGGGCAUGACCUGUCAGUCUUGUGUCAACUCCAUCGAAGGCAAGAUCCGGAAGCUACAAGGGGUCGUGAGAAUCAAAGUCUCCCUCAGCAACCAGGAGGCUGUUGUCACAUAUCAACCUUACCUCAUUCAACCCGAAGACCUCAGGGACCACAUCUGUGAUAUGGGAUUUGAAGCUGCCAUCAAGAACAGAACGGCUCCCCUAAGGAUGGGACCAAUUGAUAUAGACAAGUUGGAAAGCACUAACCUAAAGAGACCAGCAGUUUCUCCUAACCAGAAUUCCAAUAACUCUGAGACCCCAGGGCCCCAAGGGAGCCACAUGGCCACCCUCCAACUGAGAAUAGACGGGAUGCACUGUAAGUCCUGCGUUCUGAAUAUCGAAGGAAACAUAGGUCAACUCCCAGGGGUUCAAAGUAUUCAAGUGUCCUUGGAGAACAAAGCUGCCCAGAUUCAGUACGACCCUUCUUGUAUCACCCCCUUGCUCCUACAGAAGGCCAUUGAGGCACUGCCACCUGGGCGCUUUAAAGUUUAUCUCCCUGACGGAGUAGAGGGGAGUGAGCCCGAGAGCGACCCGCGCCGUACUGCGGUGCUCAGCAUCACUGGCAUUUCUGGCACGUCGUCUGUUCAGCCCAUCGAAGGCACGCUGUCCCAGCGGGAAGGCGUGCAGCGGGUCUCCAUCUCUGCGGCCGAAGGGACUGGAACAGUUCUUUAUGAUCCCUCAAUAGUUAGCGCGGAUGAACUCCGAGCGGCUGUAGAAGACUUGGGAUUAGAGGUGUCAGUGAAUUCUGAAAACUUUCCUAUCAACCGUGUCGGAAACUUCAGCUCUGGGAAUUCUGUGCCACAUACCAUGGGUGGUACACCAGAGUCUACGCAGAACCUGGCUUCCAGUGCUAGAGGGGUCCCCGCAAACCAUGAUCCUGGCCACUCGUCAGAUACCCCACCAGCCCCGGGAACAGCAGCACCGCAGAAGUGCUUUGUAGAGAUCAGAGGCAUGACUUGUGCGUCCUGUGUGUCUAACAUAGAGAGGGGUCUUCAGAGACAUGCCGGUAUUCUCUCUGUGUUGGUUGCCUUGAUGUCUGGAAAGGCGGAGGUCAAGUAUAAUCCAGAGGUCAUCCAGCCACCCAGAAUAGCUCAGCUUAUCCAGGACCUGGGCUUUGGAGCAACUGUCAUGGAGGACAACACAGUCUCUGAAGGUGACAUCGAACUGAUUAUCUUAGGGAUGACCUGCGCUUCCUGUGUCCACAACAUAGAGUCCAAGCUCACGAGGACAAAUGGCAUCACUUACGCCUCUGUGGCUCUCGCCACCAACAAAGCCCACGUGAAGUUUGAUCCCGAAAUCAUUGGACCACGGGAUAUCAUCAAGAUUAUUGAGGAAACCGGCUUUCAUGCGUCCUUGGCCCAGAGACAUCCCAGCGCUCAUCACUUGGACCACAAGGUGGAAAUAAAACAGUGGAAGAAAUCUUUCCUGUGUAGCCUGGUGUUUGGCAUCCCUGUCAUGGGCUUGAUGAUCUACAUGUUAAUCCCCAGCAAUAAGCCCCAUGAGACGAUGGUCCUGGACCACAACAUCAUUCCAGGACUGUCCAUUCUAAAUCUCAUCUUCUUCAUCUUGUGUACCUUUGUCCAAUUCUUUGGUGGGUGGUACUUCUAUGUUCAAGCCUACAAAUCCUUGAGACACAAGUCAGCCAACAUGGAUGUGCUCAUCGUACUGGCCACGACCAUUGCCUACGCCUACUCCCUGGUCAUCCUGGUGGUUGCCAUCGCUGAGAAGGCUGAGAAGAGCCCUGUGACAUUCUUUGACACACCCCCCAUGCUCUUCGUGUUCAUCGCCCUUGGUCGGUGGCUGGAACACGUGGCAAAGAGCAAAACCUCAGAAGCCCUGGCAAAACUCAUGUCACUCCAAGCCACAGAAGCCACAGUCGUGACCCUUGGUGAGGACAACUUAAUCCUCAGAGAGGAGCAAGUGCCCAUGGAGCUGGUGCAGCGAGGUGAUAUCAUCAAGGUUGUCCCCGGGGGCAAGUUCCCAGUGGAUGGGAAAGUCUUGGAAGGCAAUACCAUGGCCGAUGAGUCCCUCAUCACAGGAGAGGCCAUGCCUGUCACUAAGAAGCCCGGCAGCGUAGUGAUCGCUGGCUCUAUAAAUGCUCACGGCUCAGUGCUCAUUAAAGCCACCCACGUGGGCAACGACACUACGUUGGCUCAGAUUGUGAAGCUGGUGGAAGAGGCUCAGAUGUCAAAGGCACCCAUUCAGCAGCUGGCUGACCGGUUUAGUGGAUAUUUUGUCCCAUUUAUCAUCAUCAUUUCAACCUUAACAUUGGUGGUGUGGAUUGUCAUCGGUUUUGUCGAUUUUGGUGUUGUUCAGAAGUACUUCCCUAACCCGAGCAAGCAUAUCUCGCAGACAGAGGUGAUCAUCCGUUUCGCCUUCCAGACGUCCAUCACGGUGCUGUGCAUCGCCUGCCCCUGCUCCUUGGGGCUGGCCACACCCACAGCCGUUAUGGUGGGCACCGGGGUGGCGGCCCAGAAUGGCGUCCUGAUCAAAGGAGGCAAGCCUCUGGAGAUGGCACACAAGAUAAAGACUGUUAUGUUCGACAAAACUGGCACCAUCACCCACGGGGUCCCCAGAGUCAUGCGGUUCCUGUUGCUUGUGGACACAGCUACACUGUCCCUCAGGAAGGUUCUGGCUGUUGUGGGUACUGCAGAGGCCAGCAGUGAGCACCCCUUGGGCGUGGCAGUCACCAAAUACUGCAAAGAGGAACUUGGGACAGAGACCCUGGGAUACUGCACAGACUUCCAGGCAGUGCCGGGCUGUGGGAUUGGCUGUAAAGUUAGCAACGUGGAAAGCAUCCUGGCUCACAGUGAUCCGACUGGUGCCCUGAAUGGGGUUGGCAACUCUCCCACAGGAAAAGGUUCAAGCCUACAGACCUUCUCGGUGCUGAUUGGAAACCGGGAAUGGAUGAAGCGCAAUGGUUUGACCAUCUCCAGUGACAUCAGUGACACCAUGACAGACCAUGAGAUGAAAGGACAGACAGCCAUCCUGGUGGCUAUUGAUGGUGUGCUCUGCGGGAUGAUUGCCAUCGCAGAUGCCGUUAAACCAGAGGCUGCCCUGGCUAUCUACACACUGAAAAGCAUGGGCGUGGAUGUGGCUCUAAUCACAGGGGACAACCGCAAGACAGCCAGAGCCAUUGCCACUCAGGUCGGCAUCAACAAAGUCUUUGCUGAGGUGCUGCCUUCUCACAAGGUGGCCAAGGUUCAGGAACUCCAGAACGAAGGGCAGAAAGUAGCCAUGGUGGGAGAUGGCGUGAACGACUCCCCAGCCUUGGCCCAGGCCGACGUGGGGAUUGCUAUCGGGACCGGCACAGACGUCGCCAUCGAAGCAGCAGACGUGGUUCUUAUCAGAAAUGACUUACUAGACGUGGUGGCCAGUAUUCAUCUUUCCAAGAGGACUGUCCGGCGGAUCCGGGUCAAUCUGGUGCUGGCAUUGAUUUAUAACAUGGUUGGAAUACCUAUUGCCGCAGGUGUCUUCAUGCCCAUUGGUAUCGUCCUGCAGCCGUGGAUGGGCUCAGCGGCCAUGGCAGCCUCCUCUGUGUCUGUGGUGCUCUCCUCUCUUCAGCUCAAGUGCUACAGAAAGCCUGACGUGGAGAGAUACGAGGCGCAGGCCCAUGGCCGCAUGAAGCCUCUGAGUGCAUCCCAGGUCAGUGUGCACGUUGGCAUGGAUGACCGACGGCGGGAUUCUCCUAAGGCUACGCCGUGGGACCAGGUCAGCUAUGUGAGCCAAGUGUCUCUGUCCUCCUUGACAUCAGACAGACUGUCUCGUCAUGGUGGCACAGCAGAUGACACUGGGGACAAAUGGUCCCUGCUUCUGAGUGACAGGGAUGAAGAGCAGUGCAUCUGAGAGCUCAGGUGGCAGCCCUGGGCAGGCCAAGGUGCUCCUUCUAGGUGAGCCUGCAUCUGCUCAAUCUGGUUGAGCCGGCAGGGGUAACCCCAACAAGCAGCAGUGUGUGUGUGGGGGUGAAGCUCAUCUCGAGCCCCGACCAUCCUGCUAGCCUUCCUGCAGUGUGUGAGAACUUUAACCUGGUGUAUCUGCAGACACCGGGUAGGACUGCUCUCUCCAAACCCUGCUUGGAUUCUAGUAUAGGAGAGAAAGCCAGCACUCCUCAGGGCUCUGCCUCCUGGAUUUGCAUGACUGGCAGUGAAAUGGGGAACCCUCAGUACCAAAAGCCUAGCCAAGCGCCCUGGAGGGCGCCCGUCCAGAGCUUUUCCAUACUGAGAGCUCUCAGAAAGCUUGGCAUUACAUAGCACCCAUGGGCCAUGCAAGCCGAAGGCUCCCUCAGAUGUGCCUGCUGCUUUCUGCCUUGUGUAGCUGGCAUCUUGAUACCAGAAUGUGCUUGCCCUCUGUCUUGGGUUAGAUGCUCUGGCUCCUUGCAUUUUCUGCCUAAAUGUGACUCUCCGAUUUACACCCCAACCCAAAAGCUUCCCUGCAUCCCUCUUUACUCUGAGGAGAGAUUUCUGUACCGCUUAGAGCCAGUUCUGCAGAUUUGUACAUGCUGCUCCCAAACAGCUGGGGGGAAGCCAGAGUCCAUUUUUCCGGGGGUCCAGGUCCUUGUCACCCAGGGCAUCCUAUAUGGCCCUGCCAUGAUCUGUGGUGCUUAAAGCAGUGUCUCUUGGUGGGCAUAAGCAUAAGGGAACCUUCCUGUCAGCUAGUGAGGUCCCGUGGAGUUUGUCACAAAUGCCUACUGUGUGUGCCUAGAGGGAACUGUUCCAUCAGAAGAGAGUGUUCUGAGAGAGCUGUCUGCUGCUGAGGAACAUCUAAUAGAGGGACAUGCACAGCUCCCCAGUAAAAUGGCUUUGUCAUCAAUGACUGAUUGUGAUCAGGUGGCAUCAGAAGGCCCUGCUUAACUGAGCUCCUGUAUUACCUGGAACAGAUUGGCAGAAUCAGAUUCCUCUCAUUGUGACACACACAAAAAAUAUUGCCUUUAUUGAAUGUCACUUAUUGCCAGGGGCAGUUCUUGCAGAUUUAAUUGUCUCUUUCCCUACAAAAGUAGCUCAGUAGCUAUUGUCUACAUUUUAAAAACAAGGAAAGGGAUUCAGAGGAGCUCAGUGUCUCCCUAGGAACUCACAGCCAGUGUGCGGUUCGGUUGGCCCUGAAGGUUGCCGCCGUCUUAAAUAUCAGUGUGCUUGGUGAGAGUAAACUGGACAAAGGUCCUUGUCUCUGGAGGAGCAAAUGUGCCAGGACAUGUGUUAGUUGUAUCAACUUAGAGCGCAGCUGGUCACGAGGUUACUAACCUUCAUUUGGAUGGUUAGUUUCAGUUUUGCAUAUGUGUUUUGCGGAGUUUUUUCCUCUAAAGUCCCAAGUUCCGGGAUUUGUUGUGCUCUUUGUUUUGAGCCCCUCCACACCGUCCGCCAGAACUCUUCCCACUAUUUCCACCCGUUCAAUCUACAGCUUUGUUUCGGAAUAUUUUUGCUUUGGAAUAAGGUAAUCAUUUUCUAAAGAUGCUAAUUGUGUUGAUUUCUUUUUUACACCUGAGAACAGAAGCAUCAUGUUCACAUGUAGACAUGAAAAUAUUUAUGUAAUUGUACAAAUA